AUGGGUCAAUUUAAGAAACAAGAAGGUUAUCGACAAGUUGAAUGUCAUCCUUACUUUAACCAGAAGAACUUAAAAGAAUUUUGUUAUGAAAAAGAAAUUAUUCUUACUGCUUAUAGUCCACUAGGUUCUUCGGAUAACUCAUGGAAAAUGUCUGAUGGUCCCUCAUUGUUGGAAAAUACAAUCAUUUUAGACAUUGCUGGUAAACACGGUAAAAGUGCCGCUCACGUUUUAAUUAGAUACCAAAUUCAAAGAGGAAUUAUUGUGAUCCCAAAGUCAGUGACGAAACAUAAAAUAGAAUCUAAUUUUUACGUAUGGGAUUUUGAACUUGACAAAGAUGAAUUUGGUCCAAAUUGA